GCUUCACUUCCGUUACACUCCCAUCAUUACCAUGGAGAAAGAAUCAGCGUUAGAAAAUAGGCUAGCUUAAAUUAUUAUUAUUUUAAACCACAGACUAGCAACAAUAUCUUUAAUACCCUUUAUUUUUUAUUCCGUAAUCUUUAAAGUUAAUCGUCAAACAUCCAGAAACUAAACGAGCCUUAAACGUAACCGGAGUCAUGAGCUGUUUUAUUCUUCCUUCUCAAAAUGGAGUCCCCGGGGGAGCCAUGCACUACGGCGCUGGAGGAGACACUUCUUCCCCGCCGAAGGAGCCCAGUAACGGGCACGUCGUGUCCAAAGAUACCCUAGCGAGACCAAAGAGCCUGGUGGUGAAGACGUCCAAUGGGUUUCCGUCAAAAAACAGCGAGGAAAACGAGAACGACUCGUUACCGUCCAGUCCGGAGCUUCAGUCGGACAGUGAGACCGACGAGUCCGCUAGUGGUGGUAGCUCGGCGGGGAACGAGGUGUUGGAAAACGACACCAGGCAACUCAUGGGCCGUUUUUUCAGAGAAUUUACUCUACUUUCCAAACCACAGUGGACAGAAAGCAGAGAACUAACGACGAUGAAAAGAGUGGUGGAUGACGUUUUGUCGAAACACAGAUACAGUUACAAUGGUAUGAUCAACAAGCUGUCACUGGAGGACAGAGAGGAUGAUGCGUGCUUUCUCAGCAAAGUAGCAGAGAGCCUCUUUGCAGACGGGAAAACCAACUGGGGUCGUAUCGCGAGCCUGGUGGCCUUCGGUGCGGUGGUCUGUCAGGACCUGAAGGAGAAACACAGGGAGAACUGUGUGGAGAUGGUGGCCCAGGAGAUUUCUACAUACUUGCUAUCUGACCAGAGAGAUUGGCUGGUCAAAAACAACGGCUGGGAUGGCUUUGUUGAGUUCUUUCGAGUAGCAGACCCAGAGUCCACAGUGAGGAACACGCUCAUGGCCUUUGCUGGAGUUGCUGGUAUUGGGGCUACACUUGCCCUGUUGAUCAGGUGAACUUUUGGACACUCAGAGCCUUUUUUUCACUUGGUGGAAUCUUUGACAACAUCUCUCAGCAUUGAAAAUUGGACUUAAAUGGACUUUAACUUCUGAUACGUGGUUCCUUUCAUCUUCCAACCCCCAACUGCCACUAAGUUGACCUAAAUGGCUGGACUUUUCUGAAAGCAGUCAACCUUCAAUAUUAUUUAAAAUACAGAGAAAUUAUUUUUAUAAUUGUGAAAAUGUUUUCCUAUGCAAAUUAAAAAAAGGUUAACGGGCAGUCAGUUGAUCCUUCUGAUUAUGUUUACUAUCUUAAUUCUUCUACAAAUCCCUGGCAGUAAUGGUCUGUUGUUAAUAAGCCCUAGGCCACAGCAGGAAGGUAAAGCAGCCGUUUCCACGUCAUGAAGCCCAUUUUCAUAGAGCCAAUUCAAUUAUUUUUCAACUAGUCAACUACAUGAGAAGAGGAGGAGAUGAUUUGCAUGAGAGGAGCUCUGCUUCCCGAAAAUGUUGGUUCUGCACUAGGAGAAGAGAAGCCACCACAUGCAGGACUUUGUGGGAAAUCAGCAUCCUGGAAAGUUUGUGUGAUGGAGGAAAUGACCAAUUGCUAUGUGUCAGGUAGAUUGUGCUGGUCCAAUGCACCAAAGUUGACAGAAGUUGGGAGAAUUAGUUUGUCUUCUGAGAGAGAAGGCAGACGUUGAUUCAUAGCACCGAUCAGGAUGUAAGCUAACACAUUUGUACAAGUUGUAAAAUAAAAAAAUAAGUAUAAUUCA